AUGUCUUUGUAUUCGAGUUCAAAUGACGAGGAUAUGAACAGUAUCGAGGAAUCCAAAUCAAUUGACGACUCGACUUUUAAUACAUCUUCAAUGAUGGCCUCAUCUCUGGCACAGAAGUCAUCCAAUGCGGAUCACAUUCACUCUGCAUUUGAUUAUUUUGAAGUAUCGUCAAAAAAUAUAGAGAUGCAAUCAUUAUCUCGCAGUGAAGAUAAUCAUUGUCGCAGCAACACCAAUGAAGAUGAUGAUUACAAUGAUAAUGCAGAUAGCUACAAAAACACAAGUUAUUAUCACCAUUGCUAUAAAAAUGGUGAUAAAUUGCUAAAUGACAAUUAUCAUGCAUCGUCAUCAAGUUAUCACAAUCGAAGUAUUAAUGAAGCCAAACUUUUGUAUCAUCGCUACAACAGCAACACCAAUGACAACGAUGAUGUUGCUCCUAACGAUGCAGAUGGUGACGACGAAUUGAGGCACGUUAUUGUUGAUGACACAUGUCGCUCCAUCAGUUAUAAUUCUACUAAAACAACCAAUGCAUUCAGACAAGGUAGCUUCAACCAGACUGCUUAUUCUGCUAAUUCUAAAAAUGCUAUCAGCGACACUAUCACCUUUUUUGGACCUCCCAGACAUGACUUUGAUGAAACUUUGCUCGAGGAUCUGGAAAAGGCUGAAGAACUCAUCCGCAGCGACUGGGGCAACUGCAUCUAA